UGGAGUUCGUCAGAAGUAAACCUCAGUUGUAAACACGAUGCCAGAAGGACCGGAACUUCAUCUAGCAAGCAGAUUUGUUACUGACAUCGGUCGGAAGUACAUCUUCAAUGGAAAGGUUGAAAAAUCCGCUGUCAGCACAAAAAAUCCCGACGUCGACUGGGAUGCACGUAGUUAUGUAAUUUCGGCACAGUCCAGAGGAAAAGAGGUCAAAUUAACUCUGACAGAAUGGGAGAACCGUGAUGACAAAUCGAAACUUAAUGUUGAAACAAAACCUAAAUGUAUGGAUAUACUCUUUCGGUUUGGUAUGUCAGGGAAAUUCACUUUCACCAAAUGUGAUGAAAAACCCAAACAUGCCCAUUUAAAUUUCUUCACCGCAAAAGACAACAUGGUUCUCAGUUUUGUGGACUAUCGACGAUUCGGUAGAUGGGAGGUGGAUGGGAAUUGGUCCACAGGGAGAGGACCGUGUGUAAUUCAGGAAUAUACAGAAUUCAGGAAUCAUGUUUUAAAGAAUGUGCACAGCUCGGUGUUUAAAAAACCUAUCUGUGAAGUGAUGUUGAAUCAGGCCUACUUCAAUGGAAUUGGCAACUACCUCAGGGCAGAGAUUCUAUACAGGCUGGGAAUUCCACCUUUUGUGAGUGCUGAGUCAGUUCUGGAAAAGCUUGUGACUGACAAUCCAGACGAAGAGAAAAAGGUCAAAGUGAAAUCUGAAGGAGCAGAUUUUCUCCAGCUUUGUAAUUUAGUUCCUUUGGAAGUUGUGAAUUUGGAUGGUACAGGCUAUGAUCCUGACACAGGUACUGGGGACUUGACUGACUUCACCAUGUGGUUACGAUGUUACUACAACACUGAUAUGAAGAACAUGGUUGACCACAAUGGAAGGACCAUCUGGUUUUGUGGAGAGGCUGGACCUUUGAAACCCAAAGACUCGAAAUCCCGAGGGAUAAAAACAAAAACGAAGAAGGUCAAAGCUGCGAAAGAUGAAACUGAUGCAGUGUUUGAGGAUGCUGUUGUCUCAAGACCUAAGAAAAAGAGAGGAAGAGCUACAAUCAAAAGCCCAUCAUCAGACGUCAAACCGAAGACCACCACAAGAAAGUCUCGGAAAGCAGUGGGUAGUGUGAAGGGACGCCUUACCAGGGGGAAACUGAAUGAAGUCAAGGAAAAUGGCAACUUGCCGCAGUUCAGUCAAAAACAGAAUCGCUCAAAAUUAAAAGAACCAAGGACGCCAAAAGUAGCUCGGAGUAACAGACAACUGAAAACUCCUCAAGUUAAGCUGACACCGAGGGUUCCUGCCAAACGUCUGUCUAAGAGUACUGGAACACCUGGCUCGCCGCGAGUCACGAGACGCUCUGCUCGUGUGAAAUCGCAACAGGUCUAUGGGCAGAUCAUCUGUGUUAAGCAAAAGGUAUCCCCGUAGAUACAGACUUAUCCUUGUCAUCAUCAGCUCAUCAUUGAGGAUUGUCACAGAUCACACAAUGUGUUUAUGUUGUUUGUACACUGUUUACCAGUCAGAGAUUCUCAAGGGAUAAGUAGCUUUUCUAUAUAAACUAUCUUUCAGGAAAAAAAAGUCAAGUGGAUAUGUGGACA